AUGCUCGCAAACUAUAUUCUAUUUAACGCAUAUCCAUUAGAGUCUGAAUGGUGGGCAAUACGAUGUAACGUCCCUUCCCGUGUGAGGAGAGGAGAAAAGAGUGGUAGCGUUGGAAGCUCCUUGAUUGCAGAGAAGGGAUGUGGAGGUGUUGACGAUGCAGUUGCAGAUCCCUUGUUUGGACCAAGCGAGGUGACACCCACUAUAGCAAUGGGUGUAGUUGGUUCUAGUGCUGUUGAACAUGCUGCUACAGCAAGUGCAACAGAUGCUUAUUCUAGCCUUGUGAAAGAUCUUGUACUUUUGGCCAGGUGCAAGAAGCCAUUCUGGGAGAUGAAUCUGCGCCUUCGGUGUGUGAUAAGUGCAAGAUAUUCCUGUGCUUUCUAAUUUCGUAAUUCUAGUUGGUGAAUUAAAAGAAACAUCUUUCUUUUUGAUACAGAUUUGUUUUCAGAACAUUCAUUUGAGGACAUAGUAUCUUUCUUAACAUCAUUUUUUGCUUUUCAGAUCCUCUUCCAGAGAUGGCUUCUGAAGCAUGCAUAUUAGACCCUACGAGUUUGACCCUAAGUGGCUUUAAAUUAAUGUUCACCUUGAAGAGUCAGAACUCAGAGAGAUAAUUUUAAAGAAUUAUUGUUAUGUGCAGUUAAUGACUUGCUUCAUUGUGCA